AUGAGUGGAAAACACUAUUUUAAACAUAUUGUCAUUGCAACUCAUUUUAUACCGAACCCUAACAAUCUACCUCUUGUAGACCAUAUAAACCAUAUAAGAAACGACAAUAGACUUGAGAACUUGCGUUGGGUCACAUGUUCUGAAAACAAUAAGAACAUAGGCAAAUUUCGAGAUAUUGUAUUCGAAUUUGUCGACGAACUAGAAGAUGAAGCAAUUGAAAUUACAGACUAUGGUAAGCAUACGUUUGAGUUUUACUACUACAGCGAAGAACAAGACUCUUUCUACUUUUAUACCGGCGUAAACUAUAGGAAAUUACAAGUAUAUUUUACUAAGACGGGCUAUGCUCAUGUAAACGCUAGAGAUACAGAUGGAAAAAACGUUCGAAUACUUCUUAACAAAUUCAAGAAGCUAUAUGGCAUACCAUUUUAA